ACCACUUCACCCGUUUAAGUUGCAUGAGAACCACACAAAAAUCCUAUCUACGUAAACUCAUCACUUUGAUCUCUCUAUACCCCUCUUUCUCCUUCUUCCUUCCACCAUGAACAAUGCUUCUCUUUAACCCCAUCUCCAUCUCCUUCACCCUUAAACCCACCGCCCACCACCACAACCACCACCGUAACGUCGCCGUUUUCUCUCAAAUCCAACCCAUUCCCAUUCCGAUCACCGCCACAAAUCUCUCAAUCUCCGAUGAAUCUCUCCGUUCAAAAGGAUUCAAUUUCCACCGUACGAUCACCGAUCUCAACCUCGACCAUCUCAACUCCGUCUUCGUAGCCGUCGGAUUUCCCCGACGCGACACGGAGAAAAUCCAAAUCGCAUUAGAGAACACCGAUUCACUUCUAUGGAUCGAAUACGAGAAAACUAAACGGCCGGUGGCGUUCGCCAGAGCCACCGGCGACGGCGUAUUCAAUGCGAUUAUAUGGGAUGUUGUGGUGGAUCCGAAUUUUCAAGGGAUUGGAUUGGGGAAAGCUGUGAUGGAAAGAUUGGUCACCGAGCUGUUACGCAAAGGGAUUACGAAUAUUGCUCUUUAUUCGGAGCCCCGAGUUCUCGGGUUUUAUAGGCCUUUGGGCUUUGUUGCUGACCCGGAUGGGAUCCGAGGAAUGGUUUAUUCUAGGAGAAAGAAUAAAAAAUAGGUGACAAUAUAUUUUACUUUUUUUUUGUAUUUUAUUGAUUUAUAAGUGAUGUGAUUAAUUGUA